AUGUCCUUCACAUUGAAACGGCUCUUCUCUAAAACAAGAGCUCUGGGCUCCCACAUAGGCAGUGCUCCCGUGUAUUUGACACCCGAAACGAAGUUGACGAUGAUUCCUCUAAAGACACCCAAAAUUAUCCGUAAGGGAAAUAAAUCAAUGAAUCUAUCACAAACGGUGACUAUAGAGGGUCCCAGGGGUAUGGUAACAGUAGAUGUCCCGGACUUCAUUAAGAUUUCAAAGGACCAAGAGAAUGCCAAAUUGAACAUCAAUGUGAAUAGCCCUGAAGAUAAAAUGCAGAGGUCCAUGUGGGGGACCGUGAGAUCUCACAUAAACAAUCAUAUUAUAGGUGUGAAUGAAGGUCACUUGGCCUCUUUGCGAUUCGUUGGAACCGGGUACAGGGCCCAGUUGGAGAAGAAUGGCACUUUUGUCAGCGUGAAAGUGGGCGCUUCCGUGGUUCAGGGACUUGAUAUACCACAGGGAAUUUCAGUUCAACUGCCUGCUCCUACUUCGUUGAUCGUGGAAGGCUGCAAUAAGCAGCAGGUUCUCUUAUUCGCAGCAAAUCUCAGAAAGUUCCAUCCACCGGAGCCAUACAAAGGUAAAGGUAUAUAUGUGAACAACGAGACUAUCAAACUAAAGGACAAAAAAAUUAAAUAA